UCUCAGGCAGAGCGCUUGAACUAGGCGUUGGAGCCGAGUGAGCGAGGGAAAAGAAGAGAAAGGAGGAGGGGGACAGCAGCAGUGUAUUCAUUUGGAAAGGGGGCAAGAGAUAUAAAAAAGGGAUUUGGGAUACAACACUAGGCCAUGGUGAAAUCUCAGCAAAGAGAGCAAUAAUGGAACCUGCAGGAAUGAGAUGAGAACCCUUUACUACUCUGCCUUUGUACUCGUGUUAAGGUGUGUCCCGGCACCCGUCCCUCUCUGUGAAUGUCUGUCACCAUGGCAAAGUUCGAGACUGGCCGCACAAGCCCAGUUGUCCGGCAGAUAGACAAGCAGUUCCUGGUGUGCAGUAUUUGUCUGGAUCACUACCACAACCCCAAAGUCCUGCCCUGCCUACACACCUUCUGUGAAAGGUGUUUACAGAACUACAUUCCUCCUCAAUCCCUCACGCUCUCCUGCCCCGUGUGUCGACAGACCUCCAUCUUACCAGAGAAAGGUGUAGCAGCACUGCAGAAUAACUUCUUUAUCACAAACCUAAUGGAGGUUCUGCAGAGAGACCCCGAAUGUUCCCGACCCGAGGCCUGCAGUGUACUGGAGUCGGUCAGCGCAGCGGCUGCAGGGAAACCGCUCUCCUGUCCCAAUCACGAGGGCAAGGUGAUGGAGUUUUACUGCGAGUCGUGCGAGACAGCCAUGUGCCUGGAGUGCACGGAGGGGGAACACCGGGAACAUGUGACGGUUCCUCUGCGGGAUGUGUUAGAACAGCACAAAGCAGCACUUAAAAUCCAACUAGAUGCUAUUCGGAAUAGACUGCCCCAGCUAACAGCGGCCAUCGAACUCAUGACUGAAAUCUCGAAACAGCUUACAGAGAGGAAAAAUGAAGGCGUCAAUGACAUCAAUGUGACGUUUGAGGAGCUAGAAAAGGCAUUGCAUCAACGUAAAGCAGCGCUCAUCACCGAUCUGGAGAACAUCUGUAGCACCAAACAGAAGGUACUCCAGGCGCAGUUAUCUUCCCUUCUGCAGGGCAAAGAGCACAUCCAGAGCAGCUGCAGUUUCACAGAGCAGGCCUUGAAUCACGGCAGCGCCACUGAAGUCCUGCUGGUCCAGAAGCAAAUGAGCGAGCGGGUGAGCGCCCUCGCUUGCCAUGACUUCCCAGAACGACCGCACGAGAACGCCCACCUGGACUGCCAGAUAGAAACCGAAGGCCUACGCCGUUCCAUCCAGAACCUGGGCGUGCUGCUGACCACGAGCGCAGUGGGACACACAAGCGUGGCAACGGGAGAGGGCCUCAGACACGCCCUUGUGGGACAACACGUGACAGUGACAGUUACAACAAAGGAUAAGGACGGCGAACUUGUGCGAACUGGCAACGCCGUGCUCCGGGCGGAAAUUACGGGACAGGACGGAGCUCAGGCGACGGAGGCGGAGAUUGUGGACAAUAAAAACGGAACGUACGAAGUAGGGUACGUGCUAAAGAGCGAAGGAGAGUACUCGUUUUCUCUGAUGCUGUACGGACAACCUGUGAGGGGCAGCCCGUUCAGGCUACGGGCGAUAAAGCUGUCCGACAUGCCCCAGUCUCCGGAUGACGUGAAGAGAAGAGUCAAAUCACCCAGUGGCACAGGAGGACACAUCAGACAGAAGGCGGUACGGAGACCCUCAAGCAUGUACAGCACCACCAAAAAAAAGGAAAACCCUAUCGAGGAUGAGUUGAUUCACAGAGUGGGCUCUCGUGGGAGAGAGAAGGGAGAGUUCACUAAUUUACAAGGUAUCUCUGCCUCCAGCAGUGGGAGGGUCAUUGUAGCAGACAGCAACAACCAAUGUAUACAGGUGUUUACAAAUGAUGGCCUGUUUAAAGCACGCUUUGGGGUCAGAGGUCGCUCCCCGGGUCAACUGCAAAGGCCGACAGGGGUGGCGGUCGACACAAAUGGAGACAUUAUAGUAGCCGACUACGAUAACAGAUGGAUCAGCAUCUUCUCUCCUGAUGGGAAAUUCAAGAAUAAGAUCGGUGCUGGACGUCUGAUGGGACCCAAAGGUGUAGCCGUGGACAGGAACGGUCAUAUCAUCGCAGUGGAUAACAAAGCCUGCUGCGUUUUUAUCUUUCAGUCUAAUGGCAAACUAGUUACCAAGUUUGGAGCCAGAGGGACUUCAGACAGGCAGUUCGCAGACAGAUUUAGGGCAAAGUAUGCACUGGGGCAAAGGUUUAGUAAAUCUGGCCCUGCUUUCAGCCCACACUUUGUUGCUGUCAACAACAAAAAUGAAAUUGUGGUGACAGAUUUCCAUAACCACUCUGUCAAGGUCUACAGCGCAGAUGGAGAGUUCUUGUUUAAAUUUGGCUCCCAUGGAGAGGGAAAUGGCCAGUUUAAUGCCCCUACAGGGGUCGCUGUGGAUGUUAACGGAAACAUCAUCGUAGCAGACUGGGGAAACAGCCGAAUACAGGUGUUUGACAGCUCAGGUUCAUUUCUCUCCUACAUCAACACAAGUGCAGAUCCUUUAUAUGGGCCACAGGGCCUGGCUUUGACUUCUGAGGGUCAUGUUGUGGUGGCUGACUCUGGUAACCAUUGCUUUAAGGUCUACAGGUACCUGCAGUAAUGCAUAGUGCACAUCUGCCAACAUCUUCAGAACUUCUUCAUAUCAGUGAAAUCCUCAAUCAAACCAUAGAGGAGAAACCGAAUGAAUUAAAGCACUUUUCUUCAAUCUACUGAUUUUCACUUUCCAAAUAAAGACUUCUAUACUAAACAGAGAAUGUUGAUUGUACAUAACAGAAACCAUAAUGAGCACAGAUCCUUGAUGGAAACCAUCAUGUAAGUACAAGUAUACUGUCUGUAUAUCCAGUGGCGUGUUUACCAUUUUGGGGGCCCUAAGCAAAGUCCAAGAACCGGGCCCCCCAUGCCCCAGCAUUGCCCAAGGUUUUUCAUUUGAAUUGCACAACAAUAAUAUUCAGUAUAUAGAAUUAAGUGAGAUAUAUAUAAAGCGGAUUUAUUUUGUUUUACACUGCUUAAAAUAACACUAAAUUGUUACAGUUUGGUAUGACAAAAAUUCUUGGUUUAAAAAAAUUUUUCACGCCCCUCUCAGAUUUAUUUUUUGCUCGCAAAUGUCUUACAGGAUGUAUUUCAAACAAUGUAAUUAAUACUGCAACUUCAAUGUCUGACAUCUUACUAAAAAAACUAAAUGAGGAAAAAGACGAAGCUUUAGAUUAUGAUUCAGACUGAUCUAACAAGCUGAACUAACAAACACCAGCAAACAACAUUGUAAGUUGGUUAUUGCUUGAAUUUAUGGAUGGGAAUCACAUAACUCUCAUGUUCAUAUUGUAAAACCAAACUUACUGUGAGAUACAACAAGCAUAUAGACUAGACAAACAUUAAAGAUGAGAUUUGAUGACAAUAAUGAGAUACAGAAUAUGAUUGAUCUAUUUUCGACAUGAUUAAAACCCCUGCGUGGUGUCUUUAUCAUGUUUAUACCUGUACGAGCGUGGAACAAAAAAUGCGUGUCACCAAUCACAGGUGUGAAGCCCAAAGUCUUUAAAGUAAACUUGACCAUAGAGUGAAUGUUGUGCAGUUACGAGAGCAGAGAGAGUCGAGGGAGCGCUCAUUCCAGCACUUGUGUGGCUGCAUUUGUGAGCGCUGAGCAGAGGUGCGUUUUCCCGUAGAGUUUCGCUCAUGAAGUAGCCUAUAUGUGCCCUCACAAGGAUGCGCGCAUAUAUUAUUCUGCGUACAGACUCGCACAUAUCGUGCUCGUGCAUGCUUCAUCCGUACCUUAGAUUUGGGUCUGAAUAAACGUAACAUACUUUCGCACACCUUGUGGCCAGUAGGGGGCCCCCCAAGCCCGUGGGGCCCCAUGCAAUUGCGUGGUUUGCGUGGUGGGUAAACACGCCUCUGUGUAUAUCAUAUUUGUCUUAAACCUGUCCGUAAAGUCAUUUCCCUUCUCAUAACGAUACUGACUACAUCCCAUGACUGCAACACAAAAAUUGUGAAUUUAGUUAUUUGUUAUAUGUCCUACAUUUGUAAAUAUACAAAUUUUGUAGAUAUAAACAUAUUUGGUGUAUGUAACCUGUAAAUGACACUGGCUUCUUGACUAUGACAGCAUUUACCACUGAGAUUUGAUUAUGCCCAAGCUGUCUAAACCUAUGGAUCAGAUAUCAAAAGCACAGCACAUACAGUACGUAUCACUGAUGUGUGCUCUUUUUAAAGAUCAAACCAAUAAACUAUAAAGGAGCCAAAAAGGACAUUUUUAUUUUCCAUUCCAAAUUAUUUAUUUUUCUAAAGCACAAGUCUACGUUACGUAGUGAGAUGAAAUUAAACCUAAAAAGAGAAUUUUUGUCGAAUUCAAUUAUUUCAUGUAUAUUGCCUCUCUGGUUUUUAAUGUUUAAAAGAUGAUUAAAUAUAUUGACUUAUAUAUUCUUCUUUGUACAUAUCAUUCAGAUGCGUCUAUCAUUGUGUUCACAAAUGUUGUGCGUCAGUAUUAUAGGUUGUGCGUCAUUUAUUUAUUUUUUUAUGGUUUUGUACACAAAUGUAUUCCUGAGUCAUUUGUUUUAAUGUACUACACCAUCACCACCUAAUGAUUUCAAAAUUUCCCCAUUAAUUUGGUGAAUUUGUGUCUCUUGAAUAUGAUAUGACAUCAUGUAAUCUUAUGUAAUACUGUACAAGGUUUCUGAAAGGUAAAUUACAGUUGAAACUGUAAACGUAUGUAUUCAUAUCGGUGCAGAAAACAUUCUUGCAUGUUACCAAUGAUUUUACCAGCAGUCUAAAUACUUUUUUGGGGUUUAGAUGAGAGAUUUAUUGAUUGCCAGGUUGUAAAUUAAGAGAUGUAUUAACCAAAAAACAUAUAUUCUAUAUAUUGCUUCUGUAACUCAAUCCAAUGCAUGACUUAGUGCUUGGACAGAUGAUUUAGUAAAUGUGCUUCAUGGAUAAAUCGCGUACCUAUGUAACACAUGAAGGAUCAACCGUGUGUUCAUUUUACUGGUCAGUUAUUGCAGUUUGAAAUAAAACUGUAAAUACAAAUUAUUUGAAAUCCAAA